CAGCUAAUGGGCUUUGGUUGAGGUUGAGGGACUAAGCCAACCGCGCAUUCGUUCGUUAGUAGUCUGUCAGUCGUUUGUUGCCAAGACAGCCAUGCGGUCAUAGAAGAAGCGUGAUCGCAGUUUUCCAUACGGUGCUAGCUCAAGUGUUGCAUAAAACAGUGAGUGUGGCGAAAGCAAAAAAUUUCAGUACCAUUUUUCCUUAAGUUUUUUACAACAACAAAAUCUGAAUGAUUGAAAAAAGAUGAAUGAAAGCGUGUUCAACACAGUGUACUUAAUAGUGAUAUAAAUCCCGAAAAGUGUGAACGAGUUAAUUACCUUUGGAUCCAAUACUUGAAUAAAUCUGUGAAAACAAGGAAUCUUGUGUUCUGAUCAAACCACUUCUAAAAAGCAAUCUACCUGGACGAACCUGCUUCGCACUCAAAAUUGUGAAUCGAAGCUGCUUUGUUUGAAUUAAAGGAAGUUAUUAAAUUAAGAUUCACACAAUAUGGUAGGACAACGAAUCGCAAACUCUUUGGUGAAGAGAUCCGCAUUUUCAUCGGCAAUCAAUGUGCUACCGAACGAAGUGGCCACGGCCGGUGCCUCGGCGGCGGCGACAGUCACAGAUUCACACGCAACCGUACACGGCGGCCAUGUUAGGCCAUACUCGGAAGUGCCAGGACCAAAGGAAUUACCAUUGAUCGGGAACAGCUGGCGCUUUGCUCCGCUCAUAGGCCAGUACCGAAUCGAGGACUUGGACAAGGUGAUGUGUGACCUGCACCGGCACUUUGGCAAGAUUGCCAAGGUCGGUGGCUUGAUAGGGCAUCCUGAUUUGCUCUUCGUGUUCGAUGCCGAUUUGAUACGAGACACUUUCAAGAAGGAGGAAGUUCAGCCACAUCGACCUGCCAUGCCGUCGUUGCGCAACUACAAGUCUAAGCUGAGGAAAGAUUUUUUCGGCGACAACAUGGGCCUUAUUGGAGUACACGGUGAAAAAUGGGAUGCAUUUCGCGCUCAGGUACAGCAGGUGAUGCUGCAGCCAUCAACGGCAAAAAAGUAUAUUGCACCUUUGGAUGAAAUUUCUACCGAUUUUAUGGCCAGAAUCCACGAAAUGCGAGACGAGAACAAUGAACUGCCGGGCGACUUUCUCCAUGAGCUCUACAAGUGGGCGCUCGAGUCGAUUGGGCGUGUUGCACUGGACACCCGGCUUGGCUGUGUUUCCAAAACGGGCAACGAGGAAUCGAAGCGAAUCAUCGACUCAAUCAACGCCUUCUUCUGGACCGUUGCCGAGGUUGAGCUAAGGAUGCCCAUCUGGCGGAUAUACCAGACCAGUGCCUACAAAAAGUACAUUGGUGCGUUGGACACAUUCCGAGACCUUUGUAUGCGGCACAUCAAUAUCGCGAUGGAAAAGAUGAACAGCAGCACUCAGGUGAAAAGCGAAGAGCAUAUAUCGAUAGUGGAACGAAUUCUUCAGAAAACCAACAACCCUAAAAUUGCAGCAGUAUUAGCGUUGGAUUUAAUCAUGGUUGGAGUCGAUACGACCUCAGUCGCGGCCACUUCCACCAUCUACCAGUUGAGUCAGAAUCCGGACAAGCAGGAAAUUUUAUUUAACGAAAUUAAGCGCAGUCUGCCGACUCCGGACACGAGGUUCACCAUUUCGAUGCUCGAAACUAUGCCAUAUCUGCGGGCAUGCAUCAAAGAGACGUUAAGAAUGUAUCCUGUUGUGAUCGGCAAUGGACGGAGCCUCCAGUCGGAUGCCAUCAUCGGGGGAUACCACAUUCCCAAAGGAACCCAUGUCAUCUUUCCACAUUUGGUCGUGUCUAACCUUGAGGAGUACUUCCCGGAACCGGACAGGUUCCUGCCAGAGCGAUGGCUCAAGAGAGGAGAGCUGAAGGAACACGCUGGCUGCCCACACGCCGGCCAAAAGAUCCAUCCCUACGUCAGUCUACCCUUCGGUUACGGUCGACGCACCUGCAUCGGGCGGAGGUUCGCCGAAUGCGAGCUGCAGAUUUUGCUAUCCAAGCUCUUCCGACGGUAUCACGUAGAAUAUAACUACGACAAAUUAACAUACAAAGUAAACCCAACGUACAUUCCCGAUAAGCCACUGAAAUUCAAACUAACCGAACGGAGCGACUGAGCGUUGUUUCACACUUUCGGCUUAGCCGGUUGGUCCAAGGAAUAGCAGCAACAGCAUCACUGUGUUUGAGCAAGAUUUGUACCAGAACGAAACCCAGUUUUACCAGUGUAUUGUGUAUAAAUUUGUGUAAUAAAAUGGAGGUACCUUCCACUUUGAGAUAAGGCAGAAA